CAUUCUAUCGGGCGGAGUGCAUACAGUUGGUCGUUUUUAACUAAUUCAACAGCAGCUGUUGAGGCGCGCGCGCGUAUUUGUCAGGCUCGUUUCGCACAUUUAAUUCAAUCGGUUUAAAUUAAGUGCUCAACAACGGUAAAGCCGCCGUCAGGCCAUCAGGGUUGUUAGAAGAAGUGAGUCACGGCCAGGCGCAAUUUGUUCCACUCCUGCCUUCUGAUAAUUGUUAGAAAGAAUGUCGCACUCACAACAAAAAGUGACCAUCGUCAAGAACAGUAGUUCCAGCGGGUCUAGCUUUUCGCAGAUCAGUGAAAUUAUAACGAUCAAUGGCUCGGAACGAUCGUCGUCACGGGUCACGGUUAUCGAAGAAUCUAACGGGCACCCCCGAACGAUGACGAAGAUGGAAUCGUUCCGCUCCCAGGGCGGCAUGUCAACCACAUCCAACAAAGAAGCGUUCUUCGAAGAAUCUUUCAAAAAGUUUUCGGGGCGAUCUUUUCGAACCGAUGAAAAAUCUUUGGAGAGCGGAAUAUCCCGUAUGGCAAUAGCUCCUGAAAUCCCAAAAACGGAAAUUCGUUCUCCGGAACCUUCAAAAGCCACCCAAAGGACAGCGGAACCACUGGAACCGUCAGCCUUCCGCGAUGCCGUUUUGGAAGCACACAAUCGGCUCCGGGCGAAACACUCGGCGCCGCCCCUGUCUCGCGAUCCGGCCUUGGAUCGGUACGCACAGGAAUGGGCUAAUAACCUAGCGGCGCGGAACUGUGCCCUGCAACAUCGCAGCAACGGAAAGUACGGAGAGAAUUUGUAUGCCGCCUAUGGGAAAACGAACCUGUCCGGGGAGGAUGCUGUGCAGUCCUGGUACGACGAAAUUAAAUUCUACACCUUCGGGCAAGCUAGUCCCGGAAAUUUUUCCCAGGUCGGGCACUUUACCCAAGUUGUUUGGAAGGGUUCCACCAAGUUGGGCGUUGGAAUGGCUACCAAGGGGUCCAACGUUGUUGUGGUGUGUAAUUACGAUCCACCGGGAAAUUUUACCGGACGAUACAGGGAAAAUGUGACAAAAAAUUGAUGCUUCAAUGAAAAGUAGUGUGCUCAUGACCUUAGUUUACCUACUCUAUUUGUAUAUUUGUAUCUUUCAAAUAUUUAUGACGAUACCCGUUUGCAUUUAAAAUAUUUGUACUAUAAUAAUCGUGAUAGUUAUAUUUUUUAUAUAUCCAUCCAAAGAUUCUAUUUUGUAUAUAUUGAUAUUGUCUUUUACUUGAACAGAGCUAUUCUUCAUACUUUUUCAUGAAUAGAUUAUUAUUACGAAACAAAA